UGAAAAGUGCAGCAGGCAGGUGCCUGUUGUUCUGAUUGGCUGGCACGAUUGCCACAUUGAAGCUCAAAUUGAGAGGUCUCUUGAUGCACAAAUGUUGGAAAAUGAAAAGCAAUGUGAUGCAAUACCAGCAGAAAAAAAUAAAGUAAAAUCUACUGAACCAAAUCCAAAGAAAGUGAAGAAGGAAAAGAAAGCUAAAGAUCCAAACCAGCCCAAACGUCCCCAAACUGCUUUUUUCCUCUUCAUGAGUGAAUUCAGGAAAACUUACAAGGAAGCCAAUCCAGACUGUAAAAGUGUUGCUACGGUUGCAAAGGAAGGUGGUGAGAAAUGGAAAUCUAUGACAGAUGAAGAGAAAAAGAUUUAUCUGGAUAGAGCUGCAGAGCUUAAAGCAGAGUAUGGCAAGGCUUUGAAUUCAGAUAAGGAUGUUCAAAAUGCAGAUGACAAAGAAGAUGGUUCAUUGGAUAAGGAAGCACAAGUGGAGAUAGUGUCUGAUGAUGAAUAGGAAUAUCUUCUCCUGUUUAGGUUUCUUUCAUUUUAUUUUUUUUUCUUUAUAUGUUUUGUGGAGAAUGAUUGUCCCUGGUCCUUUGCCCUUGUUGAUGUUGAAUAUAGUUUAGCCUUCCAAGUCUCUUAUGAAUGCUAUAAUGCUCUUCAAACCAAAUUGUCCAUUCAA